AUAUAAUUGCAAUACUUGAUUUUUAGUCAUGCUUUAACACAUUGUUUUAUUGUUGCAAAAACUAAAAUGGUGGACAUUGAAGUCAAAAAGACGGACAUUCACUAAAACAAAAUAGAUGUGACACAGAUGAGUGAGUCAAAGUGAAACUGUUGUGGUUUCAUCACUCGUGUGGUCUCAUCUGUUCAGUGGACAAACAACACGUAUAUUAAUGUGCUUGUGGUCAGUUUGUGUGUGUGUGUUUUCUGGGGAAAAGUUUCCACUGAUAUCUGAUGAACUUCACUCCAAACUAAUUUGCCCGCAAAGGUCAGAGGUCAAACCCAUAAGAGAUGACUAGUUUAAAGUAUAGUUAGCACAUAUUUUAAUAGAUAAGUCUUAAAAGCCAUCUAAAAAACAAACCGUUAAAGAAUCAAAUGUGUUUUAAACUAGACAAUAUUAUAUUAAUGUAAUAGAAUAAUGUGAGUGAUUCAAGGUCAGAGCUGAUCAAUGGAAGGCUGAUGAGAAAAAAAGACUCUCUGCAAAGAUUAUAAAACAAAUUUCAUCUAAAUGCGGUCACAUUUAUUUAAUAUCUCUAUACACUCAGUGUUUGUUAACAAUCGUCUUGUUUGUGUAUGUUUAUUCCUAACACUUAAAAAUGGUUUGUGUGUGUGUUGAAGUCUCGUUCUCUCUGACUUCAUGUUUCAGAUCAUGUAUGUACAUGUGUGUGCGCUCAUGUCUGUGCGUGUUCAUAUGUGUGUGUGUUCGUGUGUGCGUACUCAUGUGUGUGUGUGCUCAUGUGACUGUAUUAAGGUGAAGAUAAACACAUGUAGUGAUAUUUCCUGUCACAUCACAAGUGACGCUCAGUUUCUCAAACACACUUCAGCAGAAUAUGAUUUGUGUGACAGUUUUACUGUGUUUGUGUCUGUGGCGUCUGAACGGUGUGUUUGGUGAUGAAGUGAAGUCAGUGUCAGUGAUGGAGGGACAUUCUGUUACUCUACACACUGAUCUCACUCACUUACAGGGUCAAGAUCUGAUCGAGUGGAUGUUUGGUGUUGAGAAACCAGAUGAGAUUAUAGCUGAAAUCAACCAAAUUAAAUCAAUCAGUGAGACAUUCAAGAAUUAUUUACAGUUGAAUCCUCAGACUGGAUCUCUCAUCAUCACAAACAUCACAACUCAACACACUGGACUUUAUAAAGCAGAGAUCACCAGACAACCUUCUGUUCUCGUCAAACACUUCAAUCUGACUGUCUAUGGUGAGUUGAGAACUGUAGUUUCUUUCAAUUUCAAACAUGAUAAUCAUAGUGGCUGUGUGUGAUCAGAACUGGAAGAUUGUUAUAAACUUUGGAAACAUAUUUUAAUAGAAGUAUUUGGUUUGCUGUUAUUAAGUCUGAUUCUUUGUGUUUUUCCAGCUGGUCUGUCUGUUCCUGUCAUCUCCAGAGUCUCUUCUCAAUGUUCUUCUUCAUCUUCAUCAUCAUGUUGUUGUGUGUUGUGUUCAGUGAUGAAUGUGUCACAUGAUGUGAGUGUCUCCUGGUACAAAGGAAAGAGUUUAUUGUCCAGCAUCAGUGUGUCUGAUCUCAACAUCAGACUCUCUCUACCUCUGGAGGUGGAAUAUCAGGAUACAAACACAUACAGAUGUGUGCUCAACAAUCCCAUCACAAACCUCACACAACAUCUACACAUCACUCAACUCUGUCACAUGUCUUCAGAAUCGAGUCUCACCUUCAUUCAUAAAGUUGUGAUCUGUUGUGCAGUUGUUGUAUUUCUGACGAUUGUAACGGCACUUCUGAUCUUCUUCAUCAUCAGGAAACACAGAAAAACAAAUAAAGAUUAUCAGACCGGUGAAGAGGAGAUCACUUAUGCAGAACCAACCUUCCGUGAAAGACCAACACAUAAACAGAGAUGUGCAGUGGAGGAUGAUGUGGUGUAUGCAGGAGUCAUGAGAAGAUGAAAAAACCCUCUGUGAUCCUGAUUCUUCACUAGUGAUGUUCUGAUGAACUUAAACUGCUUUUCAAAUCUGAUGUAGUUUGUUUUAUAUUAUUUAGGCUUUUUUUUAAUUCCUCCAUGUGAAAUAUUAAUCCACACAUAGUGCCAAUUAAAUGAUAUGGAUUCCAAACAA